AUGACACUAAGCUUCUUUGACCAAUUUAUAAGCCCCACAUACCUGGGCAUCCCACUCAUUGCUGUAGCACUAACCCUCCCAUGAAUUCUCUUCCCAACCCCCUCUGCCCGGUGACUAAACAACCGCCUUAUCACAUUACAAGGAUGGUUUAUCAACCGAUUCACCCAACAGCUUCUUCUCCCCUUGAACCUAGGAGGCCAUAAGUGAGCAGUAAUGCUGACCUCUUUAAUACUAUUCCUAAUCACCCUGAAUAUAUUAGGCCUUCUUCCAUACACCUUCACCCCGACCACGCAGCUCUCCCUAAAUAUGGGCCUUGCAGUCCCACUAUGACUUGCAACAGUAAUUAUCGGCAUACGAAACCAACCAACUGCCGCCCUGGGACACCUCUUACCUGAAGGAACCCCUGUCCCACUUAUCCCGGUUCUUAUCAUCAUCGAAACAAUUAGCCUCUUCAUCCGCCCCCUUGCUCUAGGCGUACGGCUUACAGCCAACCUUACGGCAGGCCACCUUCUAAUUCAACUAAUUGCAACAGCAGCCUUUGUUCUUCUACCCCUGAUGCCAACAGUGGCAAUCCUUACUGCUAUUGUCCUAUUCCUGCUUACCCUUCUUGAGAUCGCCGUUGCCAUAAUUCAAGCCUACGUCUUCGUCCUCCUAUUAAGCCUUUACCUACAAGAAAACGUCUAA